AUGGGUUGCAGUGUUUCAAUAAGCCGUGAAAAAGUACUCCGACCAAGAAUAAAUCCCAGCAAAUGCAAAAAACUUAAGAGGGCUCUAUGUGCCAUAAGAGACAUGAAGUUCAAUCUAAACUCUUCUGGAAAAACCAAAGAAGAACUUUUUGAAAUUCGCGAAGUCUGCUCGUUUUUCGAAGAGUCUCAUCAAUCUCAACGAAUUUCAGAAGCUGAUAGCUGCUCAGGAUUAGAGAGUAUAAAAGAAUGUAAAUGUGACAAUUAA